ACACAACCUGAGCUCAGCAGACGGAGGGGCUGGGAGGCGAUGGGAGGCAGAGUCUCUGGGGGAGUGGGGGAGGGCUGCCCUGGCUGGGCCUACCACCAGGUCUUAGGGGACGCUGAGUUGCUGCAGAGAUCCCCGGUACCCCCCUGAAAUUCCCACCAGCAAUCUUGCUCCCCCUCCCCCCAAGGGCCUGGUUAUAUUCUCCGAGGGACCUUUACUUAGCCAUGGGUGCGGCUGUCUGGGGCUGAGACCCCCGACAGUGCCCGAGAGCCAAGGGGUUCAGCUCAGUGUCCCAGCCUCCAGCCUCCAUGUGAGGAGUCUUAGCCCUGUCCUGGCCACAGAUGAUGAAGCGACUUGCACAAGGUCACACAGCAAACUGUUGGCAGAUCAUUCCUGACUCCCAGCCUGCCUGCUCUAGCCACUAGUCCCCACUCCCCUCCCAGAACUAGGAAUGGAAUCCAGGAGUCCUGACUCCUAGCCCCCCUGCUCUAGCCACUAGUCCCCAUUCCCCUCCCAGAACUAGGAAUAGAAUCCAGGAGUCCUGACUCCCAGCUCCCCUGCUCUAGCCACUAGUCCCCAAUCCCCUCCCAGAGCUAGCAAUGGAAGCCAGUAGUCCUGACUCCCAGCCCCCCUGCUCUAGCCACUAGACCACCUGGCCCCUCAGACAUACAGAGAAGGCCCCGGGAGGCAGUGCCUAGCAGGGGAUGGGCUAAGGAGAGGGAUGGGGCCUUUGGGUAGCAGAGGAAAGUCAUGAACAAGUUCCUUCUGUCUGCUCUGCACUGCUGUCCCGGGCGUCUCCCCAGCCAGCCCUUCGCACCCGGGGCAGACCGGGAUGCCGGGGCCUCUCGGAGCAGCCUGCUGGGGUGGCCGUUGCGCUGAGAAGAGAGCUCACCCUGGAGGACCCUGCAGCACCACAGGCCAGGAACCAGUUUCCACCCUGCUAAUUCUACGAUGCCCCGUGCUGAACCCACGGGGCCUCCCUCCACACGCUCCCUAUGGCCACCAUCCGAGAGGCAGCUGGCUGAGGCAUGGCAGCUGGUCACACAGGGACCCCUCACCCUCUGCUAAGAUGCAGCUGUCUCUGGGGUGGAGACAGCAGCUGGUUACCAGCCCCUCAGAAUGCACCACUCCAGAGCAGUUUAGGACAGGACAGGAAGACUCCUUAGCUCCGGGAAAGUGUCCGGGAGUUUUAGCUUGGCUGUAGUCACCUACGCUGGUGUUUAGCCAGGCCGCGGGUGCUGACUCCCUGGUCUUGUGGACAGCGGCGGGGCUAGUCAGUGAACACAAGUGGCUCUGAGUGUCAGGUUUCCCCUGGAAGGCAUUGCCUCUGAGAGCAGUGUGCCUCCUAGCCCCGGGCUGGGGCCUCAGGGCCAGCACUGACCACCCCUGCUGGCCAGUCCUGGCCUGGCCCCCGCGGUCCCCAGUACACAUCCUGAGCCACACCCACCCAGCUCAGGAAAGCUGACGAAAUCCCAGCUCCAAGUGCUCCAGCUGAAUGCCAGGAACACGCCUUCUGCCAGCCUAUGCUAGCUCACUGCCAGGGCGCUGGGCUCGAAGCCGGCCAGGGCCCAGCCCCCAGGCCCUGCCAGGGGGUUCCCCUUUGUGUCUCUGUGGUGGCAGGUGAGCUGCCCCCACAAGCUGGCGCUUCCUGUAUCCCUGAUUCUGUCUGUGCUGGAUGGUGACUACGCCUGGGAACGGCAAACCUGGCCGCGGAGUGGGAGGGGCCCCGGCCCCACGCUGGCCCCGUGCCAGGCAUGAAAUGAGACACCUUGCACCACAGCUAUAACUUGCAGGUAACUUGGUGAGGUGUCUCCCACUCACACCUCUCGGCGUAUAAAACCCUGGUGGGGGACCAGCCCGCCCCGUCCCAGAAGAGCCUUUGGAGCAGCAAAGCCCCAGCACCUGAUGUGAAGCCAGCUCCUGGGAGUUCACCCAACGCCUUGACUCAGCCCGGCUCAUAGGAGGAGCCCGUGUCCCCUCCCGCACCGCUCCCAGCAGCAUCCCACGGGAAAGCCAAGCAGGAGAGGGAGCUGAGGAACCGGCGCGCCGGAGAGACGCAGCAUGGGCCAGUGCCACUGUCACAAGAAGCGCAAGGACAGCCAGGAGCUAACUGACGUGGAGAGGGCGAUCGAGAUCGUGAUCAACAACUUCCAGCGCUACGCAGUGAAGGGGCGGAAGGAGUGCCUGACCCCCAACGAGCUCAGGGAGCUGGUGGUGCAACAGCUGCCUCACCUGUCACAGCAUGUCUGCUCACUGGAUGAGAAGAUCGAGUGCCUUGGGGACCCGGAUGAGGCCAAGCUGGAGUUCGGCGAGUACUGGGCCAUCAUCGGGGAGGCAGCCAAAGGCUGCCGGGUGAAGAAGUAACAGGCCUGAGGGGAGACACGGACCGUGAGGCCUCAGACCAUCUGCACGGAGAGCGAGCGAGCAAGACUGUCGGCCAUGAUGUGCUGUGAAAAUGCAGUGUUAAUUCUUCUGGGGCACGUCUCCUCUCUCCUUCCCCCAGCUCUGGAACCUCUUCAUUCUGGGCUCUCUCUCCCUUCCUCCAAGUCUAGAACCUUCUCAUUCCUGCUCUAGAACCCCCUCCGCUCACCCGAUCUAGAACUUUUUCAUUCUCCCUUACUCUGGAACCUAUAAAUGCUGGGGAGGAGGGGGGUGUGGUCCCUCCAGCUCUGGAACCUUAAAUUCAUGGACAUCAAUUCCUUUAGUGUAGAAACUGUAAGCCCUAGAUUUGAGUCUUGACAGUUUUGGACCCUUAAAAUGUACCAAUUUCUAGCUCUCUUGCUCUAGAACCUUUACAUUCUGGGGAGGGGGGUU